AUGCAGCACACGGUGCGCGAGCGACCGCAUGAUUUCAUCGAGACUGGAGAUGCUUCCGAGGAAGGGUCAUUCAAGCGCGUGGAACGAAAGUUACCAGAUGAAGUUGACAAUAUUCGCAAUCGACGGUUUCAAAUUGUGAACGUCCAGCCGGAUGACAUGGUAGAAUUAGACCUUAUCUGGCCGGGAUACUUGGGCGAGAAUCUAUUUCUAUACUUCAAUCCAGAUUAUAAACUCUACUUCUUGGAUAAACAAACCCGUGACGAGGUAUUGAUCUUCAAGCAAUUCGACUCUAAGGAUGGUGUUGCGAAAAACUGCCUUCAAGGGUCAUUCCCAGAUCCUCGCAAAGGUCCUUCAGAUAAUGCGAGGGUUGGUUUCGACGUGGCAGUACUGAUGAUUUAUCAAGUUGUUCUUGUUGCGCUUUGUUGA